AUGUCAAAUAUAGAAGGUAGACUUAAAGAUUUGCAGGAGCGUAUUCGAAGAGAGGGUCUCCACAAUCAAGGUGGACUUGGGGCUCCCAAGUCUGGGGGCACAAGAAGACCUAGGCCUCCACCUAUGUUUUCACCAAGAGACAUACCAGCAUUUCCACCAAGAUCUAAACAGGCUGUUGACACUGAAUAUCAAAUGCAAGAAGUUUACAAGGCAAGUGGCAAAUUAAAUGUUGAUGGAGUGGAAUACAAAUCUCAUAUAGAUGACCUUCAACAACUUGGUGAGCUGGGAAGUGGCACUUGUGGUCAUGUCGUUAAAAUGCUUCAUAAAUCUUCAGGAGCUGUUAUAGCAGUUAAGCAAAUGCGACGUUCUGGGAACUCAGAAGAAACUAAACGAAUUCUCAUGGACUUAGAUGUGGUAGUCAGGUCACAUGACUGUCCAUACAUUGUUCGAUGUUUGGGAUGUUUUGUAACAGAUGCAGAUGUUUGGAUCUGCAUGGAACUAAUGGCUUCCUGCUUUGAUAAGCUAUUGAAAAGGCUCGGAGCUCCCAUUCCUGAGGCUAUUCUGGGGAAAGUGACUGUGGCGACAGUGAACGCGCUCUCGUACCUGAAGGACAAGCACGGCGUGAUCCACCGCGACGUGAAGCCCAGCAACAUCCUGCUGGACGAGCGCGGCAACGUGAAGCUGUGCGACUUUGGCAUCAGUGGCCGCCUCGUCGACUCCAAGGCCAAGACGCGCAGUGCGGGCUGCGCGGCGUAUAUGGCGCCCGAGCGGAUAGACCCGCCGGACCCGAGUCGGCCGGACUACGACAUCCGCGCGGACGUGUGGUCGCUGGGCAUCUCGCUGGUGGAGCUCGCCACCGGCGUCUUCCCAUACCGCGACUGUCAGAAUGAUUUUGAAGUUCUCACCAAGGUAAUAGCAGAUGAUCCACCACAACUACCUGAAGAUAGUGAUUUUACACCUGAAUUCAAAUCUUUUGUGUCACAAUGUCUAACAAAAAACUACCGGCAGCGACCGAAAUACGUGAAGCUUCUAGAACAUCCGUUUGUAGUGAAAUCGGCGCGUAACUCAGUGUCAGUCGGUACCUGGUACUCGUCCCUACCCAUCUCGGGCUCCCAACCCAAAGGCCCGACGGGCAGCACCAGCUUCACAGGCUCCACUGGCUCCACAACCUCCACCGGCUCCACCCACUCGGUGAACUCCAACAAUGGAGUGGAGAUACCAGUCACCCCCCAGCCUGUCAGGAACUUUGUGACCAGCAGUCAAUAUUGGACGCCCGAACACGCCACGCCUACGCCUGCGAGAGCGUGGUGGGCGAGCACGGCCAGCCCGGGCGGGAGCAGUUCGCAGCCCGCCAGCUUGGAGGCCGACUUGUCUAACCAUUCGCCUUAUCCCAGACGCAGGACGCUCGACGCAUGCGCGUCCCCGCCGCCCGCGCCCGCGCGCCGCGUGUCCGCGGACAACCGCUGGCGAGCUUCUCCCGCGAGCUCCGGCAACACCAGCCCCAUAGUAUUACAAAGAUUCUAUCACCAAAAUCAGCAGAGGAAGUCUAGAGUGGACCUACACUCGACGCCCAGACAUCGGAGCUUGAGUCGGGAGCACAGCACGGGGCGCUCCCCGGAGCCGCCCCCGCGCACCAGCCGGCACCAUCACAUGCUUGGACAUGAAGUGAACGGUAGUAUGGAGCUAGAACCGCCGCCGCUCCACGACAGACUGCACCCGCCCUCGCCUUUAUUACUUAGUAAUGAUAGACUAUCAGAAGGCCGAAGCCAGAGCCUGACCCGCGCAGAGCUGCGCAACGGGUUCCGCAGCGAGUUGGCCGCCGUGCCGCCGCCCAAGCACCAUCACGACGACCAGGUGGUCGGCGGGCGGUGGUGCGCGGUGGCGCGUGGUGGGUGGGUGGAUGUAACGUGCGUGCGCGUAGGCUGGCUGCACUCGCUCGCGGGCCUGCUGAAGCGCCGCCUCAGCGGGUACGUCAAGUGGCAUCACGUUGCAGCGCGCUCGCCCGCGCCGAGGCAUAGCCACAGAUGGGGUACGAGCGAGAGUUGGAGCGUGCCGGCGUCGCCGCUGCCGCCGCGCGCGCCGCCGCCGCGCCCCGCCGAC